GUGCCUAGAACACGGUGGGAUUCCUAAUAGUGACGAUGGCGUCCACUGAGCAGCAGUCCCUGCUCGACUUGACAGAUAAGGAGACCCGUGAGAAGCUGUCACAGUGGGACCGCCGCCCGGACGCCAUGGCUCCCCUCACGGGCAAGCAGACGGACUCCGUUCUGGAGAUACGAACCGCCGCCGAGACGCCCGCUCUCCCCACCGAGUUACCCAUCGAGGACCUGGGCAGUCUUUCGUCUCGCUCCCUUCAGUCUUCCUUCACCGCCACCAUACCCCAGUCACCAGAGGACGUCCUCCACAAAGGCUUCCAGAUGCUCCGAAUGGACAACGACCGGAUAGAAACUGCUCAACAGUUUUUUGCCUGGUUUGCCAAGUUACAAGCGAACAUGGACCAGGAAGAGAGUGCAAAAUACAGGCAAACACGAGACGAUCUGAACUGCUACCAGGAGCAAUGUGAUGCCAUUUUGAAAGAUGUCAGUGCUGCUCUGGAGCAGCUGGAUUCCCUGCAGAAACAGUACCUGUUUGUGUCCAACAAGACGGGCACUUUACACGAGGCUUGUGAACAACUUUUAAAAGAACAAGCAGAGCUUGUUGACCUUGCAGAGAACAUACAACAGAAACUCUCCUAUUUCAAUGAGCUGGAACACAUAAACACGAAACUGAACUCUCCUACCUUGUCUGUAAACAAUGAAGGCUUUAUACCGAUGCUGUCCAAACUAGACGACUGCAUUGAUUACGUUUCUUCACAUCGAAAUUUCAAAGACUACCCUGUUUACCUGGCCAAGUUUAAACGGUGUCUCUCCAAAGCCAUGCACUUGAUGAAAGUCCACAUUGUAAACAGUAUGCAAAACCUCUCAAGCGCUUUAACAAAAAGGGAUCCAAUGGGUUUGGCAAACGCAGACAACGCCUUUACACUUUACUACGUUAGAUUUAGAGCAGCUGCACCAAAAGUUCGAUCGUUAAUUGAACAGAUAGAACAGCGGGCAGCCAAGAUUCCAGAGUACCAUCACUUGUUGGAUGAAAUCCACCAGUGCUACCUGGACCAGAGAGAGCAGCUCCUCAGUCCAAGCAUUACUUCCACCAUCACAGAUCUGACCCAACAGAACAGCAAAGACCACUGCGCCCUGGUCCGCAGUGGCUGUGCCUUCAUGGUUCAUGUGUGCCAGGAUGAGCAUCAGCUUUACAAUGAGUUCUUCUCCAAGCCCACACCCAAACUGGACGAGCUGCUGGAGAAGUUGUGUUUGUCUUUGUACGACGUUCUGCGCCCUCUAAUCAUCCACGUCAUCCACCUGGAAACUCUGUCGGAGCUCUGCGGCAUCCUCAAGACUGAGAUGCUGGAAGACCACGUUCACCACAACGCUGGGCAGCUGGGAGCAUUUGAUGCCGUGGUCAAGCAGAUGCUGGAGGACGUGCAGGAGAGACUCGUCUACAGGACGCACAUUUACAUCCAGACAGACAUCACGGGCUACAAGCCUGCCCCGGGGGAUUUGGCCUAUCCUGAAAAACUGGAGAUGAUGGAGAGAAUCGCUCAGAGCUUGAAGGAAGAGCAGAUGAAGCAAAUGUCCCAAGCGACCGUCUUUUCCGAUGUUCAGCUGGAGGAUCCGGACGGGAGAAGAAACAGUAAUGCCGGACUUGCAGGGAAACCAGAAGCAUCCCGUCUGCAGGCAUCCGUCUCACCCGCCGAUUUACACGGCAUGUGGUACCCUACGGUCAGACGGACGCUGGUAUGCCUGUCCAAGCUGUACAGAUGUAUAGACAGAGCUGUCUUCCAGGGCUUAUCUCAAGAAGCCUUAUCUGCCUGCAUCCAGUCCCUGCUGAGUGCUUCUGAUAGCAUCCUUAAGAAUAAGACACAAAUAGACGGGCAGCUUUUCCUGAUCAAGCACCUGCUGAUCAUGCGUGAACAGAUUGCUCCAUUUCACACCGAUUUCGCCAUCAAGGAGAUCUCGCUGGACUUGAAGAAAACUCGAGACGCUGCCUUCAAAAUCCUGAACCCGAAGGCUGUUCCCAAAUUCUUCCAGUUUAACAGUCACAACGCCCUUCUCGAAUUCCUGUUGGAGGGAACCCCUGAGAUAAAGGAGCACUACAUUGACUCCAAGAAAGAUGUGGACCGACACCUGAAGUUCAGCUGCGAGCAGUUCAUUCAGCAACAGACUCAGAUCUUCACGGGGAACCUUGAGGAGUUUCUCACCAAGGUUGCAUCACUGAAAACCAUGGCCAUCGAGGGCGGCCCCACGUACAUGCUGUUUAAGCAGCCGUGGGCUCAACCCGCAAAGCUCAACGAUCUAGUGAUGGCAACCUAUCGGGUGAUGAAGAACAAGCUGCCGAGCACGCUGCAGAGCAUGUCCUUGUACUUGGCCAACAGAGACACAGAGUUCAUUCUUUUCAAGCCUGUGCGGAAUAAUAUCCAGCAGGUAUUCCAAAGGCUACACACUUUGCUCCAGGAGGAGUACAGUGGGGAGGACCUCCAAAUCAUCGCAUGUCCAUCAAUGGAGCAGAUUAACCUGCUGCUGUCUGUGAAUAAGUAAUGAUCUGAAGUCUUCUGCUUGUGAUGUCGCACAUUGAGCCGCGGGACUAAGAGGGGGCGACAGGAGCCGCACUCGGAGCUGCUACGAGCCUAUAGAGCCAAAGAUGUAGUCGGCAGUGUGCUGAGCCAUGCGGCACGAGUCAAGAUCUCUCCUUUUUGCUUUGUUUGAAACACGGGGGUGUGAAAGAACCGGGCUGCAUCUCACUUAACACAGGGCUCUUGACUAACUUUUUUUGCACUGGUUGAACUGGUGCGCCUCACUUUUUUUAUUUUAUUUCCCCCCCCCCCCUUCCUCCCCCCUCUUUUUCAACCACAUCACAUUUAACACUGCAAUUUUACAGGUUGACUUAAAAAUAAAUAAAUAAAUAAAUAAAAUAAAAAUAAAAAUUGCAGCCUAUCUUUUCAGGCGAUAUUGAAUGGUAAAUGAUGAACUAAUAAUCUGGUCAACAAAGUUUUUUAUUUGAAGCACAAUUCCACAAGACUGGUAACUUAAUGCUUAAAGUGCUCCGUGUCAGAGCAUUGGUUGGGAGUUUCCACCCUAAAUCUGAUAGGCCUACUAGGUCACUCACCAAGGCCUGUCACUAUGAAAAAAAAAAUUGGAGGGCAGUACAUUUUCCCAAAAAUUAUCACAAAGUACGCUAGCAGCUCUUUCUGUUUGACAGCAGUGCGCACAGCCACGACCAAUCAGAUGUGGGUCCUGCCCUUCACUGUCUCUGAUUGGUUUGGAGACCACAAUGGGUUUAAUGUGUGUCUGCUUUCAAAGUCGCAGAGAUGUAUUCCCCCCCCCCCCCCCCUCCAUCAAAUGGCUGGGCGUACCUGUGUGACCUCUUCUUUUUAAUUUUUUUUAGAUUUCUUUUUUUUUUUUUAGGCGCACCGUUGAGAAAUUAGGGCCUAUGUGCCACCAAAUUAGUUACACUCUAGAGCCCCGUAGCAGCAAAAAUGGUGAACGAUAAUGCGGACUUGCCCACAGUAAUGGUACGUGGCCAGCAGGAUGAAUAUAUUGGAGUGUUCAGACAAGGACUCUUUGGGUGUGUGAAUAGCAGAGCUGGAGGGCUGUUCAUCAGUCAUUCAGCUAACGGCCAGUAAGGCAGCUUGGCUUCUGAUUCCCUUGAUGGCAAUUGGGAGGAUAACGAGAAAAAUACUGCAAAAUCUUUUAUUUGCAUAUUUUAGCACAGUGCUUGCAAUGUGUAAUAACUUUUUACCUGUGCUAUCAAAUGCUCAGGUUUGUGAUCAUAGUCAAUUAUGUUCAGAUCUUCUGUUGCAAGGAUGUAAAAAGGACAAAUGCUAUGUUUUAUACUUGAUUUUCUUUUAUACCUAGUUUAAAAUUAAUACAAGUUGAUGGGAAAUGAUGUAUGGCGCUACAAUGAUGUGUACAGUUGUACUAUUUAUGAACAUUCUGAUUAAAACUUUCUUGACGAA